ACUCACAGCUGAAGUCUGAACUCCACCUCCAGGCAGGAUGAGGCUCAUCUCGGCAGCUCUGCUUCUGACGCUGCUGGUCAGCAGCCUCUCUCCAGUCCAUGGUGUUCUGGAGGCCUAUAACACAAACUUGAAGUGUAGCUGUGUCCAAGAGACCUCAGACUUUAUCCACCCAGCCCAAAUUGGUCGGCUUCAAAUUGUACCUCCUGGGAAUGGUUGUCCAAACAAACAAAUCAUAAUCCGGCUGAAGAAUAAGUCAGUUGUAUGUGUGAAGCCUCAAAGCAAAUGGAUCCAAAGAGUAAUAAGACAUUUACGGAAAAAAAAUAUGUUUUCAACUCCACCAGCUCCAGUGAUGAAGACGACGGGCUGAGGCCAACAUUCCCCCUCAGAAUACCUGCAUUCCUGGCUUAUCCUUGCUCUAGAUUUUAGUUUUGUUCUUGGUUGAAAUUUUUCCAAAAACAAAAACAAUUUCCCUAUACAAACGAGUGUGAGACUCGGAAAAAUAAACUGCAGAAGCUGAUGGGGUAAACGCAAACCUCUUCACACCCAGAACCCUACAUACUUUGUGAUCUCAUUUAGGGAGGAAAGGUUCUUUGAGGAUAGUUAUUUAGUAAUAAAUCGCAUAGGAUUCUUUUGAUAAUAAAGCUUGUUUAAUGGUAAUCUGUCCUAGAAGAUAUGGGAAUGAGAAUUUAAAUUUCAAAUAUGAAAAUGUAGAUUGAAUUAAGAUGGAAAUUAUGGAAUGUGUUUUAAUCAGUUUAUACCCUAAGAAAAGCAAAUUUCCAUGAGAGACUCAAAAAACUGCCUAUAAAGUCAAUACAGCUUCAUCUUGACAGACUCAGAGGGCUUCACAUAGUAGAUACCCUCUAAAACCCAAUUUCGGUGCUUGCCUAGCAUAUGCAAGGCCCUGGGUUUGAUCUCCUUAAUACCCCAAAAAUAAAUAAGUAAAUAAAACCAUUUUGAGGACAAUGAGAUCCUUCCUCUACUUUUACAAAGAGCCUUUAUAGUAUCUGUUUUCUCAGAAUAAACUAAUAACAUUGAAAUAUGCCCAGACUGAAAAUUCUAGAAUAUUCAGGAAAAGCAUUUAAAAGAAAUUGUGAACAGAUAUAUUCUUUUAUACAUUGGUCUUGAUAAUGUUUUUAUUCACAUCUUUUGCACAGACAAAACCUGUCUCUGGUAUCAAAUUCUUUAAUGUUUCUUUUAAUGUUAAUCUAACAUCCUUCAAUAAA